AUGAUGAACAUGGACAUGGACAUGGACAUGGACCAGCCCUCGGGGCUGCCAUGGCUUGAUACCCCGGUGAUGCUGCAUUCUUCACGCGCAGACACGUGCAAGAUGACGCCGGAGCAGUGCGUCUAUCGGUCCGGGCACUGGAGAUACUGGUACCAGGCGGAUAUUGUUUAUGCCCUGAAUACGGUCUACUUCCUCUGUGCCACGGUGGGUGUCUUUGCGAUCCUGCAUUUUGCGGGGAGAUACGCGCCUGCCCGCGUGAGGGAGAACUCGCUAUGGAAGAAGGGCACUGCUGCUGCGCGGUUUCUUGCGUAUAGGGGAGUGAGGAUCCCCGUGCUGGGGUAUUGGGGUGCUUCACUUGGUGUCGUGGUUUUGAUCUUGAUUGGGGUGGUGUUUUUUCUUGCUAUGUCUCUCGGCCCUAGACCGUACUACUGGCCUAAUACGGACACGGUUUCGUAUGGAAGCAGCCCACCGAUUGCGACUAGGACGGGGUGGAUGGCAGUGGCUCUGCUGCCUUUUGUUUUAGUCCUCGGUGCCAAAGCCAACCUCAUCUCAGCAUUGACCGGCGUCCCGCAUGAAAAGCUGCAGGUUUUCCACCACUGGACCAGCUACGCCAUGUUCGUCCUGGCCUUGAUCCACACCUUUCCCUUCAUUGUCUAUCAUAUCCAACAAGGCGACAUGGUCUCAGAGUGGAAAACGAGUGUGGUAUACUGGACGGGUGUUGCAGCGCUCAUCCCCCAGGCGUACUUGACCUUCAUGUCGUUGCCUGCCAUUCGAAACCGCUACUAUGAAUUCUUCAAAGCAACUCACUUCAUUGUCGCCCUGCUCUUCAUCCUAUUCUUCUUCUUCCACUGCGACUUCCGACUAUCCUCCUGGGACUACUUCAUCGCCGCUGGCUCCCUCUACAUGUUUUCCCUCCUCACCUCCCUCAUCCGUACACAUCUAAUCAACGGCCGCCACACCGCAACCCUAACCCUCCUCCCCUGCGGCCUCCUCCAGAUCAGAAUCCCCACAAUAAUCAACUGGACACCAGGGCAACAUGUCUUCAUCCGCUUCUCAUCCCCCAGAACCGGAAUCGCCUUGCACAGUCUUACCUCCCACCCAUUUACAAUCUGCUCAACAUCUCACAACAUCCAAGAGGCAAACAAGGCCAACGAGAUGAUCUUCUACAUUAAGCCCAAGCGCGGGAUAACGGGGCGAUUAGGGAAGAUUGCUUCCAAGUCGCCGGGAUCGGGCCAUAAUGUAUUAGUUGAUGGCCCCUACGGGGGUAUCGAACCAACCAAUAUUGCCAGGUCUGAAUCCGCGGUCAUCAUCUCAGGUGGCUCCGGUGGUGGAUUCUCGCUGGCUGUUUUCGAGACCGCGUUGCAGUUGUUUAAGACAGACUGCUGCAAUCCAAACCAGACCGUUGAUGCUGCCGAGAAGGGAAAGAAGACGAUAAGGGUUGUAUUCGCGACACAGUCGGAGGAUGUCGCCCGGUGGUAUCGCGAGGAGGUUGAGUCGUUGCUGGCGCUUCACGGUGCUGCCGAUAUCGAUAUCAACGUUUCUAUCCAUGUUACUUCCCCGUCAUAUUCCAGUCCGGAUACCAACCACCUCGGCAUCGAGCAAAAGGAACAAGCUGCAGGGAACAAAUCCAAACCAGAAGAAUCGGUUGAACCGAUCUCCUCGUCAUCUGAAGCUCUCUCGGAGACACAUAAUGCCGACGAGAACGCGAACACCAGCGCUAAUGCCUUCGCCAAAGGACGGCCGAACCUCCCACGGGUUGUUGCCAGUUCCACAGAGUCUGGCGUCGGAAAGCGUGUUGCGCUAUUCGUCUGCGGUCCUGCGUCUAUGCUGAAUGAUGUGAGGAAUGCGGCUGCGCUUGAGCAGGAGAGAAUCCUACGCGGUGGUUCUGGGGGAGACGUUUAUUUGCAUUCGGAGAGUUUUUCAUGGUGA